UAUCGCCUAAGCAACAGUUGACGUUUGCGGUGGGAAAUUAUCAAGGGAAUCAAUUUAUAUUGAAAUAAAUUAUGUAAGUUCUCUAAUAAAGUUUAAAUACAUACAUUUGGACGGGGAAUAUGAAGAAAGCGGGUCCAAAUGAGAACCUCAGCGGAAAACCAAAGGUUCCCUCGGAGAAGCACGAUGUCCUGUAUUCAAAGGCGCGAUACGUCCUAAAUCAAAGACAUAUCAAGCGACCAUGGUUUAACCUAAACCCUUUCUUGGAAAAGACAGAUGAAAGUAUAGAUCUAGAGAAUUUUCUUCCGGCAGAAAGCAAAUACAUACAGCCGUUGGAGUCACUGGUUUUGAGGGAAAGUUUCCACAGUGAUCAUCCAAUAGAUACAAGGGAAAUGUCAAUUGAUGCUUUUUUCCAAUAUUUGUUCUCGGAUGAGUGGGGUACGUGUUGUUCUAUCCGGGUGCUCGAGGGGCAGCUCCUGGAUCAACUCCUGCUCGGUCUGUACCGUCUUGAGAAUAAAGGGGUCGCAGUACGUCAUACAACGUAUGCCUUCGCCAGGAACCAUCGUCCCAGAACCGGGUGUUACAAAGUUACCGACAGUGAGUCCGCUGGAAGUGUAGAAGAAACACUGUUGCUAAAAUUUGCGCAUUUUGGACUUUUGACCAAGGAAAAGCCGAAUCCAAAAACACUGAACACUUUUGAUAAUCUUGAACGUGAAACGGAAACUGACGAAACAAACACAAAGACAGAAACAAUCUCCGACCUUCCAAUAGCACGAGAAAUGCCAGGCAAACGUCAGGAAAGAGCUAUGAGCAUAUGCUUAGACAACAGCAGCCGACAACCUAUUAACCCUAAUUUACCAGAUAAGAAACCUAAUUGGGGUCGCCAUGGAUCACUGGUUUCCAAACAUGUACAUGCGAUAGGUUUCUUGAAAGCGAUUCAGACUGAUGACAGAAGUCCAUCUAUUUCAAUUCCAUCUUCCAGUCAACAAAACAAACGACACUCAUUCGCAGCACCCAGUUCUCAGCCAGUUAGCAGACCAAAAAUUAUGACUGGAUUGCCGCCCCUGUCUGAAUCCAGACGACAUACUACUACAGAUCAAUCACAUUUGCCAGCCUACAGAAAACAAUCACUUGCAGUACCCCUUUACUUAGCAGACAAACGGCAACUUAGCUUUAAAUCCGUUGAACAGCAUGGGCGGGAAAAUGCAGGUCAACAACGCUCAGAUGAAGGUCGCUCUUUGCCAAAGGCUAGAAAACGAUUCCAGAGUAGGAUAUAUUUUCUCGAUUUCGAUGACGACUUCAUGUCAGAAACUGGUGAGAUCAAUGAAGAAAACGGAGAAGAACUUCUGCCUGAAGAAAAAGAUGUCUUCUUUGGUGAAGAGUUAUACCUUUCUGAUCAGAAAAGAGAGUGCACAAAUUACUUAAAAAGUGCUAAAACGAUACUCCAUGAGAAGAAAAAAGAACUCCAUGAGCGUCGCAGAGAAGCUAAACAACAAAAAAUAAUCCAGUCAGAAAAACUGAAAGAAUCUGGUCUUCCAAAACUACCUAAAUUAAACAUUGAAACUUUGUCUGCACAUAGGAUACAUCAUGAAACAAUAAAUCUACCUGAUAAAGUGCCAACACUCGAAGAAUUUGUCCAGUUUCUAAAAGACGAUGAAUAUUACGACCCUAGAUACAGAAAUAAGAUCCGACAAAAGAGCAAAAGAAUAGCUCAACGAUACCAUGCACACGGAUCCAGCGUUUUCUUAAGUCUCGCAGAUGUACCAGACGAUAUUAGAAAUGUUAGCGCAUAUCCCCGCAGUUCAGAUAAAUCAGUACCCUUGGUAAGUAGCAAGAAGGAUUCUGCUGAUGGAAAAAGUAAAGGACAUCUUCCUCGUGCGCCAACUUUGCAGGAGUCUGGUCGACGUCAUCAAAAUCCCCUUCGACUUUCAGAGGUAAGGCAAUCAAGUUCCAUGUUGCAGGAACGUGGACAGGAAGUGCUUGGUGUUACCGACUCUGAACCAUGCAAAGACCAUUAUAUCAACAGCAUGAGGCCCGAGAAAGAAACUCGUUCCUCAUCCCCACUUUUCCCAAAGAUUUCUAUGUGCGAAGAUGAUACAGUAUCGUCUGACACCGACUCUGACGAUUCAGCAAGCUGGGACAGCUUGGAUGAGUGUUUUGACUCCAAGAGGCUUAACUUGAAGUAUAGUAUUGAACGCCUGAAGAAAAAACGGCGAAGACAAGCAAAGAAGAGAGGGGGAUUUAUUGAGGUUCUUGCAAAAUACUACAACAUGCAAAAUGCUCUGCGUGUUUUGAGAAAGGGAUCAGCUGGUAAAGAAAGCAAGAAAACGCGGCUUAGGGCGAAGCAUCUUUUCAAGAAAAGGCAAUCAGCCAAACAGAGGGAGGAGGAGGGGCCGAUGGUCAUUGGAAAACUGAGAAAGUUCAAUUUCCUGGAUGUCAAGGGCAAAAAGAGAAUAAACAUACAUAAGGUAUCUCAAGGUGACUUUUCAUCACCAAAUCUUGUCUUGUUUCAGGAGCAGUUGAACGAGGCUUUGGAUAGGUUCGUUGUGAGGCGGGAAAUAGUGGUCUCUGACAUAACAAAUUUUUACACAGCAGCCACUUCUGUAACGUUUACAAAAACGUCUUGCUUCCAACACAAGCAUAGAAGUUGUAAAAACUGAUUCUUCUUUGCUGUUGUUGUUGUUGUUUGUUUUGAAACUCUUUACUUUGGAAAAUACAUUUUCGUCUUCCUUCCAGUAAUAAUUUUGAUUAACCAUUUUUCUUUGAAUAAUUAAAUGUGGUAAUUGCU